GCCAACCCAUCGAAGUUGAGCUAUUCAGCUUGUUGCAGUAAAGUAUUCGGCCUACUUUUGUGAGAUAAAGAACAAAGAUAUUUUGGAUACUAUCCAACUAACGGACAUAGGCUACGCAAGACAUGGCCACAUCAUCUGUGUCAAAGGGAUGUUUUGUUUUCAAGCCAAGUUCUAAAAAGAAGAAGAAGAUUUCUGGUGUAGAAGACUAUUUCAUUGAAGGUAGUGAUGACGGAGAAAAAGCAAAAGUGCGGUUUGGCAUCUGUCAGAGGCUUUUGGACAUGACGAAAUCUGAGACUGAGAUGCUGCAAGAUGAGUUAAACAAGAACAUCUUGGAUAGCCUGCUUGAGUUCAUUAAAAAGUGUGCCUCAAACUUUCAGUCACAACUGAAUGACUGGGCCUCUGCUAUGAGGGCCAGUGAGAUCCCCACAGCUGCCUUGGUGCUAGGGGUGAACGUACCUGAUCAUGACAUGACAUUCCAAAGCCUUUCAGAUCUCUUGAAGCAGUCUGUGACUCCGUUUGUGGUCUCUGUGCAAGCCAACGAGUGUGCAGCUCUAAAGCACCUGAUGCAGAAGGUCCUGGAGAGACUCAUGGGAGUGGAUGUCACCAUGGAUGAUGAUGAGGACCAUGGAGGUCAGCGCAGUGCUCCUGUCCACCAGAAGAGGGUGCACUGCUCCCUCAGUUCACUCUGCGAUUGGUACAGUUCAGUAACCAAGAAAUUUGCUGUUACAUCUCCAGGCAAAAAACGUACUUCCUCAGCCAAAGACAUGCUAUCUAAGCCACCCAUAGUGAUAAUUUUCAAAGACCUGGAAGCUUUCAGCCCUCGGGUGCUACAAGACUUCAUUGUGAUCUGCAGUCGCUACAUCCAGAAGCUUCCUUUAAUGUUCAUCUUUGGCAUCGCCACGUCUCCCAGCACCAUCCAGCACAUGCUGCCCCACUCUGUGUCCUCUCUGCUCUGCAUUGAGCUCUUUCAGUCUCUGUCCUGCACACAACACCUGGCCACGGUCAUUGACAAGCUUGUUCUGAAUCCCCAGUUCCCCUUCAAGCUCACUGGUAAGGUGCUACAGGUGCUAGUGAGCAUUUUUCUCUACCAUGACUUCUCAGUCCGCAACUUCAUUAAGGGCCUUCAGCUGGCCUUGGUUGAGCACUUCCACUCCCAGCCACUCAGCAAGCUGUGCUGCCCCAAAAAGGAGGCAUUGGCCCAUGCCCAGUCACUCAGCCACCAGGAUGUGGAGAGGAUCCAACAGCUGCCAUCCUUUAUGAGGUAUGUGGAAAAUCAGGAGCCACAAAAGCAAGUUGAGUUGCUGACCAAUGAUGAGUGUGUAAAGGAAGUGUGUCAGACUUUGCUGAAAGCUCUCAGGAAGUAUCACAAGAACUACUACCCCAUCGUCAGAUGUCUUCAUACUUUGACAUCCUCUUUACCCAAAUACCCCUUGGGAAAACAGAUCAGAGAGCUACACAUAUCCUGUUUGGAGAAGAAUAUUUGGGAGACUGAAGAAUACAACUCUGCAAUGCAGCUACUUAAAAUGAUGGCCAAAGAUGAGCUUGUUGCCGUUUUGCAGAAGUGUGAGGUCAUUCUGAGUUCGAGCAAGUCAAAGAAAAUGAAGGCUGCACUUGGACAGUUUCAGAACUACUUAGCAAAGUUCGAUCAACUUGACAAGCUGUCGGCAGAGGAGCUAAUCCAAGAGGCUGUUUCACCAGAAAAGGAUCUUCAUAAAAAAACAGACCUUUUCCAGCUUCAGAAGACUCUUCUAGAGAUGAAGGAAUCGAGAAGAACCAAGAAGAUGACUCCUUUUGAGGUCCUCCGAAAUCAAAUUCUGGAAUUUAUUGACAGUCUUGUAAGAGUGCACCUGGUUCCACCUGAGACACAGCCGUUGAAUGAGGUUUGCUAUUAUGGUUCCUCUGGGGUCCUACGGAGGCAUCUCAAUGCUACCCCUCGUACCUCUAUUCAGACUGCCCUCAGUCAUCCCUACUACUACCUACAGCAUGAAGGUCUGAAGACGGAGAGUGGGGCAGUCUCAAAUGCAGCUCCAGACAUCUGCAUUGUGUACAAACUCCACCUUGAGUGUGGGAGACUAAUUAACCUUUUUGACUGGCUGGAGGCUUACUCCACAGUUGUCAGUGCAGCGGAGGGUAAAGAUCCUGAUUCCAGUGACUAUGGCAAAGUGAAUGAACUAAAGCAUGCUCGAUUCAUCCAAGCAGUGUCAGAACUUGAGUUCUUGGGAUUUGUGAAGUCCACCAAGAUGAAAACUGACCAUGUUGCACGGCUGACUUGGGGAGGCUGCUAAGCUGUUCUAUAGUUCCAUUUUGUCAGAGGACUCAAGGCAAAUAAUGACAAGUGCGGGGUUGAAGUCUGUAUUAAAAAGUUUUAUUGUUUACAUUUCAACUAUGUAAGCAGGAAAAAAUGAACAGGAUAAAGAUCAAAAUAAAUAUGAGAUGGUA